AGCAAUCGUCAAGUACUUUUUCUUUUUGCUGAAAUCCACUCGGUCAUUCCUGUUUCGUUCUGGCUUUGUCGUCUCGUGGGGGCAAAAUGCAGGAGCAAGCUACAAGUUCUAUUGCCGCAAGCUCUCUGCCUUCGAGCAGCGAAAAAUCAUCCAGUUCAGCUCUCCAACUGGAAGUAAAAGAAGGGAUUGAGAGUGACGAGGAGAUCAGAAGGGUGCCGGAGAUCGGCGUUGAGACCGCCGGACCGUCCGCCUCUCGCCCAGACUCCGGUUCAGGUGCUGCUACAGACCGGGCUCAAGGGACAGUGGAGGGUCAAAGGAAGAGAGGGAGAAACUCAGCUGACAAAGAAAGCAAGCGGCUAAAGAGGCUACUGAGGAACAGAGUUUCAGCGCAGCAAGCUAGGGAGAGGAAGAAGGCAUAUUUGAUUGACUUGGAAACUAAGGUUAAAGACUUGGAGAAGAAGAAUUCAGAGCUUGAAGAGAGGCUGUCCACCUUACAGAACGAGAAUCAGAUGCUAAGACAUAUACUGAAGAACACAACGGCAAGCAGGAGAGGAGGCACUGGUGCUGGAGCCAUUGCUGAAGGAACUAUGUGAGAUACAAUAUACUAUUUAGAGGAACUUAUAGAAAGGAAGAUAGAGGAAGAGAUAGGAAACUUGAAAGGCAAAAAAAAUAUAAGUGAAAAAGCAGCUGAAAGAACUAGGUGUGCGUUGGAAUGUCGUGAUCCUUGAUUGUUUACAGUCUGAUCUCUGAUGGGAGUUUCAUCGUAUACGUUUCAAUUUCUCAACCACUUCUUUCGCCUUUGCAAAUUCA